AUGACGCUCAAUGCCCUUGGCGCCACCGUGAUUCUGCUCGUUGCCUUCUUCCCGCGCUAUGAAUGUAGGGCUCUCGAGCGCGCAGGCGUGCCCGCGUCGCCGAACCCCGAGUCCACGCAACCGCAGCCCCUGCGCGUCCUCACGCGCCUCGGGGAGGAGUACUCCGUCCAUCUGGCCGACCCGAGCUAUGCGUCCCUCGGGUCCCCGUGGAUGAUGCUGCCCGGCCGAGCCGACCCCUUGCAUACCCGGGCUCUGCGCCUCCAGCUGUCGCGUCUCUUGGAGCGGAGGUUUGGGAACAUCAGGGCGCUGACGGCCGGCCUGGAGACCCGGCCGGACGAGGAGAUGGAGCGGGCGAGGCGGUCCGAGGACCCGCCGAUCUCCCUGGACCUGACUUUCCACCUGCUGCGGGAGAUGAUGGAGAUGUCCCGGGCGGAACAGCUGGCUGUGCAGGCGCAGAACAACAGACGCAUGAUGGAACUCUUCGGGAAGUGAAGGCUGGAUGCCCGCCUCCGAUUAUAUUUUAUUAUUUUUUCGUGUCACCGUUCUCUAAUCUGAAGAAUUGAUUUGGAAGCUUUUACCCUGAAACCCUGAAAGUGAGGAGAUAGCGAGGAGAGCUGGAGAUGGAGACGCAGGUUGUAGGUUCGAAACCCCCUCGGUUGUGUUGUUGGUGUACCGGAGCGUACGAAGAUUAUUCUC